AUGGAGGAGCUUAUGUCGAAACACCGCAAAGAACAAAAGGAUCUCCAGAGCCGGAUUACUCAAAAGAAAAAGUCCGCCACCAAGAAGACACGCAAAGGAGUGAUUGAUGAGUGUGAACGAAUGCAAAGAGAGCUCAACGAGCGACACCAAUCCGAAAUUGCAGAAUUAAAUGGAGAACCCACGGAACCUGUCGAGGCCCUGGAAGACUUGAGCUUGGAAGAUGUGACCCCGGCCGAAAAGACCACCGAGGACAAGACGAACUCGACGCCUCAGGACCCCGAACCAACCACCGAGACCCCAGAACAAUUACCUGCCGGCCGAGCGAAGAAGCCCAACCGUGCCAAAGCCCGCCUGGCCCGUCGAGCCGCCGAACAAGCCGCCCUGUCGCAAGCCGCCGCCGAGGAAGCCGCAAACCAAACGAAUUAUCGCGGCAACGAGCAAGAAAUUAUGGAUGCGGUAUUUAAGAGGCUUGGUCUGAAAGAGGUAGAAGUCACACCAGAUGGUCACUGUCUCUAUUCCGCAGUUGCUAAGCAGCUGGAUGACUCUGGACUAGGCUUGCGGCCAGACCCAAGUCGAAUCGUCCUUCAGCCAACAUCACAAUCACGCAUUGACACGGUGACAUCGCCCCAGCACGAUGGAUACCGCGCUGUACGGGCUGUAACGGCCGACUUUAUCGUGGAGCACAAAGACGACUUUGAGGCGUUUAUGGAAGAGCCGUUAGAUGUUUAUACUCGGAAGGUCAAGCUGACUGCCGAAUGGGGUGGCCAGCUGGAGCUUCAAGCUAUUGCAAGGGCAUAUGGUGUCGACAUCAAUGUUGUUCAAAGUGACGGCAGACAAGAGAAGAUCGAAUGUGGAGAUAUGGAUGGCUUUGAUGAGGAGGAGAAGCGCAAGCGCGUCAUUUGGCUCGCGUACUACCGACACACCUACGGGCUUGGCGAGCAUUACAAUGCUCUCGUUAAAAAGUGA